CAAAUUCUGUGAAGAAGAGAACUACUUCUAACUCUACCUCUCAACACUUUUGUUUUAUUGCUUCUCAAUUUUUUCUCUUUUUUUUUUCACUCCACAUGUAUUUUUAUAUCUUUAUUAUACGAACGGCACCGAUCUAAGAUUUCCAGUGGUUUCUCAAUUUCGUUUUACAGGGGAGAGUUGUUGACACAGAGAAAGCUUUCCUUGGGAAAUUUAGCCCCAUAAAAAAAUCAGAUAUAAUAUAAAUAUAUUGAUUUUUUUGGGAUUCCUGGCUUCUUUUCUGGGAGAGAAUUGUAAGAAAUUUAGUGAAGCCAUCCAUUUCUUGGUGGAUGUAAAAUAAGAAUCGGGAGAAAAUGGGUGUGGAAAGGAUUCUGUCAGCAGUGGUGGAUGGUCGAGUGGGGGGAGAGUCUUUAAUCGAUUCCAUCAAGAUUGCAGUUUUACCUAUUGCCAAAGUAUUCACAGUAUGUUUCUUGGGUCUUCUCAUGGCAUCCAAAUAUGUCAACAUUUUGCCCGCCAAUGGGAGGAAACUUCUUAAUGGGUUGGUUUUUUCACUUUUGCUGCCGUGUUUAAUAUUUUCUCAACUUGGGCAAGCCGUAACUUUGCAGAAAAUGCUGGAGUGGUGGUUUAUCCCAGCAAAUGUUGUUCUGGGUUCAAUAUCAGGCUCAAUUAUAGGUUAUAUUGUAGCCACCGUUGUUCGUCCACCGUACCCUUUCUUUAAGCUCACCGUUGUACAAAUUGGAAUUGGGAACAUUGGGAACGUGCCACUUGUUUUAAUUGCAGCUUUAUGUAGAGACAAGUCCAAUCCUUUUGGUGAUUCAAACACAUGUAGUACAACUGGGACUGCAUAUAUUUCGUUUGGCCAGUGGGUUGGUGCAAUUAUCUUAUAUACAUAUGUGUUCAGUAUGUUGGCACCCCCUCCUGAGGGUUCCUUUGACAUUGACGAUGGAAAUCUUCCUAUAAAAGGCCCCUCUAAGGAAGAUGGCAGCAGUCCUGAGCAGGUUCCACUGCUUACGCAUGAGGAGGCUUUACAAACUAAUUCAAAUGCUUCAAAAGGAAUUACAAUAAAAGGUAUCUUUGUUUUUCUUUACGAGAAAUUGAAGCUCAAACAAAUCCUUCAACCACCUAUAAUUGCUUCUAUUCUGGCCAUGAUUCUUGGAGCAAUACCAUUUUUGAAGGGAAUGAUAUUUACUACUGAUGCUCCAUUUUUCUUCUUCACUGAUAGCUGUAUUAUUCUCGGGGAGGCGAUGGUUCCUUGCAUUCUGUUGGCAUUAGGUGGAAACCUCGUUGAUGGACCAGGAAGUUCAAAAAUUGGUCUUCGAACAACUGCUGCAAUUAUCUUUGCCCGGUUAGUUUUGGUGCCUCCGGUAGGACUUGGCAUUGUAAUGUUAGCCGAUAAGCUUGGUUUCCUUCCUGCUGGAGAUAAGAUGUUUCGAUUUGUUUUACUUCUCCAACAUUCAAUGCCUUCAUCUAUCCUUGCUGGUGCUGUUGCAAAUUUAAGAGGUUGUGGAAGGGAGGCAGCUGCUGUCUUGUUCUGGGUCCAUAUUUUUGCUGUAUUCUCAAUGGCUGCAUGGAUUGUUUUGUUUCUAAAGAUUCUAUUCUAAAACAUCAACAAAGUAGUCAAGUUUCCAUGUAAAUUGAAAAAAGAGUGGAAAAUUUUGGAAACUUGAAAAUCCAUUUUUCCAAUGGGAAGCCAUUUUUGAUUUUAUGCCCUUACCAAUGCGUCUCUGCCGGAGGAGGUGAAGGGCGACCAUGUCUACAGAUCAGCAUUAGAGGAUGAAGAUCUUUUGCUCAUAUUGGAAAUUAUUAUGAUUGUCAUUAUUUAUUUAUUGAGUGCAUGUUUAUAUGUACGAUUCUAGUUUUCAAAUUUAAUUUUCAUUAGCUUUUUUUUCCUAAAAAAACAAGUUUUAUUUGAUCAAUUAUGCUGUAAAAAUGUAGUAAGAAUAGCUAGUCGCCAUCUAUAUUGCAAUUGUAGAAUCGUUCAAAAUCUUAUUUAAAUUCAA